CCCAUGAACAUGAAUUCGAAAUUGACGCAACGUUCGGAUACCGGAUAUUGAACUUUGUUACUGUUUUUGGGAUGCUGUCACAAAUUUUAAAGUGUCAGUGCGGAGGCAGUGUUACUUUUUCGGAAUCAUGCGUGCGUGGCCUUGGAUUCAAGCUCGUUGUGUUGUGUCAAAAGUGCGGAAGUACUUCAAUUGACAGCAGUCCAUUAAUUAAUGGUCAUGCUUACGAUAUUAAUAGACGUGUUACCUUUGCUAUGAGAAUAAUUGGUAUCGGAAGGCAAGGAAUAACUAAAUUUUGUGCGUUUAUGUGUUUCCCGAAACCAGUGUUUCAAAAAUCGUACGAUGCAAUUGUAAAGAGCAUUGUAACUGCUACGGACGCUGUCAAAUCUAAAUGUCUACAAAAAGCUGCUGAGGAGGAAAAUCAGGUUUGUACAGAAAAAGUACAGCUUGAGGGUUUGACAGUGUCAGGGGACGGCUCCUGGAGAAAAUGUGGCUUCAGUUCACUGUACGGAUUCGCAAGUUUAAUCGGAUGGUACUCCGAAAAAAUUAUUGAUAUUUGCGUGAAGUCAAAAUAUUGCAAGGAGUGUGAGCACUGGGGAAAAAAGAAAGACACUACCGAGUAUGAAGAAUGGCACGCUUUACACGAAGAGUACUGUAAUGCAAAUCACAAUAGGAGUGCAGGGAAAAUGGAGCCCGACGCUAUGGUGGAAAUGUUCUCUCGUUCCGAGUCUUUGUACAAUGUUCGGUAUGCGUACUACAUCGGAGAUGGCAAAACGCAUAAGAGUAUUCAAGAUGCUAAGCCGUAUGGCGAUUUUCCCGUCAUAAAAAAGGAAUGUAUAGGUCAUGUACAAAAAAGGCUUGGAACAAGACUACGCAAUUUGAAAAAAGAAGUGAAAAAUCUUGGGGGCCGAGGGAAAUUAACUGGAAAAUUGAUAGACGAAUUGAGUGUGUACUACGGACUGGCUAUACGUCGAAAUACUGAUUCAGUAGAGAAUAUGCGCAAGGAAAUAUACGCUACAUUAUAUCACAAAAUUUCAACAGACGAAAAACCUCAGCACGAUAGAUGCCCCGCAGGAGCCGAUUCUUGGUGCUCUUGGCAAAGAGCGAAAGCCUCGCAAACUCUCGAGAUGUACACUCACAAACCAGCUAUGCCCCUCUUGGUUUUCAAUGCUGUACAAAAAAUCUACGAAGAUUUAACAAGAGAAGAACUCCUCUCCCGUUGCCUAGGAGGAUAUACGCAAAAUGCAAACGAAAGUUUGAACUCUGUCGUUUGGUCGAUUGCACCGAAAGCGAUAUCUAGCGGCAAAGCAGUAGUUGAUAUUGCAACCAACGUAGCCGUCAUAACAUAUAAUGGCGGCUUUUCAUCACUGUUAGAUGUAGUAUCAACCCUCGAAUUGAAGAUUAGUCCCGAGUUGCAUAAUUACGCAAUGGAAAUCGACCAACAUCGUGUUCGAGCCGCCAACCGCUCAUCGUCGAUCAACCGAAAAAGCACUCGGAAGGAUCUUACGGCACUCAGGAAGGAGACUGACGAGCUAAAUUCGAAUGUAGAAGGACAGCUAUAUGGAGCUGGGAUAGCAGAGUAAAGAUGGCACACCAGGACUGCAACGGUGCACACCGUUUUUCUCCUACAAAAAAAAUUUUUUUUGUUUUUUAUACUGCCACGAAGCCAUUUUGUUAUACAUAUAUAAAUAAAAAAUAUUUUUGAGAACUUUAAUAUAUGUGUAAUAAAGCCCUAAAUUUUUGUUUUGAUCCACCACCUAGAAUUCAAG